AAAUAUAGGGAAAUUAUUUAUAUUUUUAUUUUUAUUGAAUAUCAUAAAAUGUGACUUAGUGCUUAUUACAAUUUUAGUGUUUGUCUAGAACAGUCCUAGCUCGUACAUACCUGAAGGUACAGAACAGACGGCUUACUUGACAAUGAUAAAUAUAAAAUAAUCUGUGUAAUGUAUAUUUCAUGAGAUCGAGUGCUCGAUGGCGGACUAUGGUGCUAGUGGUACCCGUAUUACUGUUGGUUGCGGUACUUGUCUCUGCUUAUGAUGACAGCACAGAACUCACGCCAGAAGAAGAUGAAUCCAAAUUAUUAGCGAAAUCGAUACGUCUAAAGCUAAUGCAAGAUAAUUACGAUUAUUCACGUGAAGAUAUUAACAACACUGUAACUGAAAAUAUAAAUAAGAAUGCGCGUAGAAAAAAGAAAACUAGAAAAAACUUCUACGUAUCAGAGCUAGCUGUUGAUGAAAAAGAUGAAAAGGAAAAUAUUGUCUCUAAAGCAAACAAAAAUAAGAAAGUUAACAAAAAUGCUGAUCAUGUCAUGUCGAAGAAAGACCUUCUGUAUUAUAUCGACGACGAACGCUUUGAUACAGAAAAAUCAGGAACCAAGUCGACAGUCAAAUAUAAGUUUUUAAAGGAUAGACGCCAAUAUCGAAGAAGUGGUCAAGCACGUCUCAUCCAAGAGGAAAACAAGGAAGGGGUAGCCAUAGUUAACCUUGAUAAAGGUCCCUUCCCGGAACUUAGGCUUCCAAACUCGAGGAGACAAUACAUGCACGAUCGCGGAGACGCUAUGAUUGAUGACGAGGAAGUCCCCCCGCCGACUGUGAACACUAGUGACCCUGAGGCAGCAGCCGACGACAUUGAUAACCAAACAGCAACAGGAGCUAGCAUAUUAACAACAAUUUGAAAUAAUUAUUCUUCUAUUGACAAUUGAAAAAGAUCGUAAAAAUAAACAGUACAAAAAAAAAUACGUUUUCUUUUUUGAAUAACGAUUCUUGUAUUGAAGUACACGUAGGGUACGUGUGAUAAACAUUUUGAGCGUAAUACUUUUUAAUGUAUAAACACUAUUUUUAAGCUAAAAAGAGUGUAGGUAAUUAUAGAUUGAAAUAAA